AUGGACAGGCCGCUCAGUGUAGCGGCAGCCCCUUUCGAAAGCAACGAUCGGACCUCCGCCCCAAAGUCCGACCACCUCACCUCACCGGCGCGGAGCGACAGGAGCAGUGACAGCGAAGGCCGACCAGUGAGGGAGAAGCUGAAGGAAACACGCAUCGAUGCGCAGGGAACUGUAGAUGAAGCACCGAGCUCUGAUCAAUUCAUGAACGACGCUGCUGUCAAUGGCCACCUUGGCGAAGCCAGCACCUCUGGAUCAGACAACGAGCGGGGUCGGCUGCGGCGCAAGCGAAGCCGAGAGGACUUUGAGGAUAUAGCUGAGGAUGCGAAACCGCUCGGCAAGAAGCACGAGCGGCAUGCUCGUAAGAAGUCAAGAGACGUCACCAGUCCUAUAGGCUCUGAUAGCGAGGUGUUGAAGAAGGCGAAUGGUUCCAUUGCUCCUAUUGCCGAGAACGACGGCGACGUAAACCUACCCUCCACCGCUGCGACCGCUGGUAAGGAGGCAACUCCCGAAGCCGUAGCUUCAGAUAAGGAAGGUGCUACCGUGACUAGCCCAAAGAAUAAAAGGAAGCUUGAGCAGACUGUACCUGGCGCCGAUACGACAAGUGAGCCUUCUGAAGCAUCGAGUUCAACACCAAAGCCAGAGGAGCGCGACACGAAGCGGGCGAGGGACAGUGCUAAGUCUAAUCCCGUAUCGAAGGUGGUAGAAAUCAAGUCCACAAUCCCUCCCGGCAGUGGCUUCUCCAAUACCUCUGCUGCAUCGCCUUUUGCAGCCAUAACCCCCAAAUCCCCCGCGAAACCUUCUGAGGCGCACGCAGAAAAUCUACCGCAGACGUCAGAAUCCGCUUUCAAAAGCUCCGGUUUUGGGGCGUUCGCUAGCUCGAAUGCCUCUCCCUUCGCAGCCGCCGGCAAACCCGUCACCAGUUCCCCUUUCGGUGCAGCAACCGGUAAUAAGUUGUCCUCUUUCGCAUCGAAGCCAGCUGCAUCAACAACCACUUCGACCGGUUUUGCUAGCCUUGGAGGGGGUACAUCCUCGUUCGCGAGUGCAUCUAACUUGGGAAAGUCGACUUUCGGUGGCUCAUUAGGGGGAAGUGCGUUUGGGAGUGUCAUUGGAGGGAAGCCUGGCCUCUCCACCUUCGGAGGCGGUGGUAGUAUCACCGGCUUAAAGGAAAAGGCCGCCCCUGAAUUCGGAGCUGCAGAAGUCAAGGCCGCAUCUGACGAAGAAGGAGAUGAUGACACUGGUGAUGAUCAAGAUGGAGAUGAAGGUGGGAACGAAGCUGAACGACGUAGCAGCCAACCGCUCUAUUCGACAGCAGGACCACCCGAGACUGGCGAAGAGAACGAAGACGCUGCUUGGACAGGUCGCGCAAAACUUUACACCUUUGUCAAUCAUGAGGGAAGGAAAUCAUGGCAAGAGCGUGGUGUUGGGCCCUUGAAGUUGAACGUUACCCGGGAAGAGCCAUACAAGGCCAGGUUUGUCCUGCGGGCAGACGGCACGCAUCGUCUGCUUCUGAAUGUGGCGGUAACAAGCCAAUUAAGAUUCGGCGAUGCGUCGGGCAACGAGCCCAAGGAUGGCAGACUGUUGUUUACUGCACCCACGGCAACUGGCGAGAUUGAGUCACAUAUGCUCAGGGUAAUGAACGGACCCCUUCCCACACGUCUGGCCAAGUUGGCUGACCCAACACAGCUCAAAGCAGAGCGCGCCUCCGAGCUCUGGAAGCAGGUAAAUGAUGUGAAGACAUCGGGCUUAUACGCCUAA